CACAGCCACUUGACACUUCUGAAGAAAAAGAGAGCCGGCGCCGGCGGCGUUGAGGGAGGCCCUCACGAGAUUGGAGCUUCGCUUUCCUCCGCGUCGGAACGGCAGAGGCCACCGGCCAGGGAGGAUCGUCUCGUCUUCCUCGGCGCCAGGGCCGAGGCAGGCGGCAGCGAGCGGCGGAGAUCUCCUCCUCGCGCCCUCAACGUUGUCGUCGUGUGGACCAGCUCGCCGGCCGGCAGCCGCAUCUACAGCAGAUUGCAGCAGCAGAUCUAUGGUUCAUGCCCAGGCUGCGCCGAUACGGUAGGGGGUGAGCGGCGUCCUCUGCUAUUGCCAGAUUCUUCCAGAUCCGAGGCUCAGGCCAGGUGGAGCUAUGAGCCGCCGCGCCGUCCCCGCUGGCAGACGCAUCUUGGAGCAGAACAUCAAGGCCCGGUACCGCGCUGGCAACAUUGGCACCGAGGAUGCACUCCACCUGUUUGACGAAUUGCUCCCGGUUGCUCGGCCCUCCUCAGUUCCUGCCAUCAACUGCCUCCUCAUUGUCGUCGGUCGUGAUUGCCCUGCACUCGCCGUCUCCCUCUUCAACCGCAUUGCAAGAACCAAGGUGGCACCCCAGAAUAUCACCUACGGCAUUCUAGUCGACUGCUGCUGCCUUGCGGGCCGCUUGGACCUUGGUUUCGCUGCCAUGGGCCACAUCAUUAAGACGGGAUUUGCGGCAGGAUCCGUUAUCUCUUUCAGCCACCUGCUCAGGGCCGUCUGUGCGGAGAAGAAGACCAGCUACGGAAUGGACAUCGUGCUCCGAAUUAUGCCUGAGCUUAACUGCACGCCGGAUGUUUACUCCUACAGCAUUCUUUUCAAGGGUCUCUGCAACGAGAAGAGAAGCCAAGAGGCUCUCGAGCUGAUUCACGUGAUGGUUGAGCACGGAGGUAGCUGCCAACCUAAUCUGGUCUCCUACAGCACCGUAAUUGAUGGCUUGUUGAAAGAGGGCGAGGUGGGCAAAGCUUACAGCCUAUUUUGUGAAAUGGUACACAGGGGGAUUUCGCCAGAUAUUGUGACCUACAACUCAAUCAUCUCUGGCAUGUGCAAGGUCCAUGCGAUGGACAAGGCUGAGAAGGUUCUUCAACAAAUGUUUGAUAGAGAAAUUCUGCCAGAUACUACCACAUAUACUAGCCUAAUACAUGGAUAUUAUUCAUCAGGACAAUGCAAAGAGGUGGAACGGGUUUUCGAGCACAUGUCUAUAAACGGUGUUCAACCAAAUAUGAUAACUUACAAUAUACAGAUGGAUUAUCUUUGCAAGAGCGGAAGAUGCGCAGAAGCUAGGAAGAUUUUUGAUUCUAUGGUCAGUUUGGGCCAAAAACCGUCUGUUACUACCUAUAGUAUUCUGCUUCAUGGUUAUGCUAUGGAAAAAUCAUUUCAUGAUAUGCAUUGUCUCAUUGAUUUGAUGGUAGAAAAUGGUAUCUCACCAGAUCAUUAUGUCUACAACAUGCUCAUAUCUGCAUGUCCUAAAGAAGAAAUGUUUGGUGAGGUAAUGCAUAUAUUUACAAAAAUGCGGCAGCAAGGAUUGAACCCUAAUGUUGCUAACUAUGGAGCGGUAAUAAACUUGCUUUCCAGUGCUGGCAAAAUGGAUGAUGCUAUGUGCCAAUUCAAUCAAAUGAUAACCGAAGGAUUAGCUCCUGAUAUCGUAAUUUUCAACACCCUUAUUAGUGGUUUUUGUACUUGUGGCAAAUGGGAGAAGGUUCAUGAGCUAUUUUCUGAAAUGUUGAAUCGCGGCAUCUAUCCUGAUAUCGUGUCCUUCACCAUACUUAUGGACCGCCUUUGCAAAAGUGGAAGGGUUAUCGAAGCCCAAGAUAUGUUUGACCUGAUGGUACGCAUCGGUGUUAAGCCUAACAUUCAUACUUAUGGCACAUUGAUGCAUGGGUACUUUUUCGUUAGAAAGGUGGAUGAAGUGAGGAAGUUACUUGGCAAUAUGCUCUCAACUGGCUUGAAACCAGAUGUUUUCACCUAUACCAUAUUGAUUGAUGGUUACUUUAAGAAUGGAAUGAUAGAUGACGCAUCAGCUGUUUUCACUGAGAUGUUGGAAAAGAAAGUUGAGCCUUCUGUCAUCACUUACAGAACAAUGCGGUAUGGCCUGUUAAAUUCUGGAAGGACUGUUGCUGCCACUAAACUAUAUCUCAGGAUGAUUGACAGUGGAAUACACGUGGAUAUUGCGGCCUACAACAUAAUUCUCAGAGGCCUUUGUAAAAAUAACUGUGUCGAUGGAGCGCUAAGAAUGUUUCAACACCUAUCUUCAACAAAUUAUCCGCUUGAGGUUGGGACUUACAAUAUUAUGAUUAGUGCGUUGGUUAAAGGUGGCAGAAAGGAAGAAGCCACAGAUUUGUUUGAUGAUAUGUUGGCCAAAGGAUUAGUGCCGGAUGCUGUUAUGUAUAGCUUAAUAAAAAAAGGAGUAGUCUGAAAAAAGCUUACAGAAGAGCGGUCUCUGCAAAAGUCUGAUGGUCUUUUCCUUUCUGUGGAGAAGAAUGGCCGUGCCGCCGACAACUUUAUACUAAAUGCUAUUGUUAGAAUGUUACUUCAGAAAGGGGAGGUGCACAGGGCUGGGUCUUCCCUAUCCAAAAUUGAUGAGAGGAGCUUCACCCUUGAAGCUUCCACAGCUGACCUGUUGACUGCACUUGCUUCAGGGGUGAAAUGUCAGCAGUAUCAGAGGUUUCUCCCUGAAAAAUACCACUCUUAUCUGGAACAGGGAACUGAUUGAAACCUUGUGUAAGCUUCUCUUUGCACGGUGUAUAUUUUGUCAGCAAGGAGGGAAACACUGUCUGACAGUUUCAUUAGCUCAUACUUUGUUGCAACUUCUUAGCAAAUGGCAGCUUCAUAUUCCGAAGCUACAUCUACCAUCUUUCUUAUGGUUAUAACCUGCCCUCUCUUCCUACUUGGUGACUGGCCCUGCACCUGUGAACGAAACAUGUGGCAUAAUGUUCUGGUACGAUCCCUUAUGUAUGUGGAGUAACACAUUUAAUCUCUCAAUCGACAUCAAUCAGGGACAUACCUUGGAUCACAUCCAGCAAUUUGCCACCCUUUGGGAAAAUAAAAUCCUUUCUCCUGGAGUCCAAGACACAAUCCGUUUGCAAGCAAGUGGAUGGCCAAAUUUUGGUCUCUGUACACUUGCAAGCAAGUCCUGGAAUCAGCAGUGCACCUCCUCUUCAAGUGUCAGCGUAUUGAAUGCCGUGAAGCUGCAUGACCUGCGCCCCUAUCUGAUUGAGAAUAUCUCCUUGCUUCUAGGAGCAUUCGCGUGUGAUGUGUCCAUGUGACUAGAACCGUGGAAUACAGUCCGAAAUUUGUAGUACCAUGUUAUUCACUUUCCCUCGUCUCUCACAUUUCGUUGUGCAAUAUACAUGCAGUCAUGUGCAGUCUUCAGAGCAUACUGUCUACAUAGAAGUACCAACAUGUAUAUAGAUGUGUCUUGUAAGUCA